CGCAGUGACAGGAUUGAUCAUUUACUAAGUAUUGGGAAAGCAGCAGAGAACCUUGGAGCCACUAUUAAUGUCCAGGAGCGCCGUUUGCUGGCACUUCAUGCAAAAUGGAGAAGCAGUUAACAGGCACGCUCGCUCUGGCGGUGUUCACAGCUGCUCUCGGCUCUCUGCAGAUGGGAUACAGCUUGGGCGUCAUCAAUGCCCCACAGAAGGUCAUUGAGCGGCACUACGCAAGAUCUCUCGGUGUCUAUAGUGAAGAUCUGGCCCGUAGUGAAGGGGGAAAUGGCACCGAGCAUGAAGAGCCCACCGAUCCAUCAGUUGUCAUGUACUGGUCUUUAUCCGUCGCCAUCUUCUCCGUCGGAGGCAUGUUGUCCUCCUUUUUAGUGAGCUUUGUGGGCGACUUCCGUGGAAGGAUCAAAGGCAUGCUGGCUAUAAAUGUCCUGGCCAUAACAGCAGGACUGCUCAUGGGUCUGGCUAAGAUGGGCACACCUCACCUCAUGGUGAUAGCAGGACGUGCUAUAAUGGGAUUGUACUGUGGUCUGUCAUCUGGCCUGGUGCCGCUCUACAUUGGAGAGAUUUCUCCGGUGAAGUACAGAGGGGCAAUGGGAGCGCUCCACCAGCUGGCUAUUGUCAUUGGCAUCCUUAUUAGUCAAGUCAUUGGUCUGGAUUUCCUGCUGGGAAAUGAUUACAUGUGGCAUGUAUUGCUGGGUCUUUCUGGAGCUCCUGCCAUCCUGCAGAGUCUGCUGCUGCUGGUGUGUCCAGAGAGCCCUCGAUAUCUCUACAUCAAACAAGGAAAAGUGGAAGACGCCUGCAAGAGUCUGAAGAGGCUAAAGGGAGAUUAUGACACCUCCAAGGACAUCGCUGAGAUGAAGGCAGAGAAGGAGGAGGCCAUGAAAGAAGCCAAAAUGUCUAUCUUGAGACUGCUCCGCUCCUCUGUGUACCGCCAGCAGCUCUUUGUGGCCCUCAUGAUGCAUUUGUCUCAGCAGUUCUCCGGGAUCAAUGCUAUCUUUUAUUACUCGACUUCAAUCUUCCAGACGGCGGGGGUCGGUCAGCCUGUGUAUGCCACUAUCGGAGUGGGAGUUAUAAACAUCAUUUUCACCCUUGUGUCGGUGGUGAUGGUGGACAGAGCGGGCAGACGAACCCUCACUCUCGUCGGAUUGGGAGGAAUGUGCUGCUGUGCUGUGGCCAUGACCGUGGGACUCGCAUUUCAAGAUGCUUACUCGUGGAUGAGUUACCUCAGCAUGGCAGCCAUAUUCAUGUUCGUGUCCUUCUUUGAGAUCGGACCUGGACCAAUCCCAUGGUUCAUUGUGGCGGAGAUCUUCAGUCAAGGGCCACGUCCAGCAGCUAUUGCGUUAGCUGGGUUUUGCAACUGGACAUGCAAUUUCAUUGUUGCCAUGUUUUUCCCUUAUUUAGAGAGUCUCUGUGGAAGCUAUGUCUUCAUCGUUUUUGCUGUCCUCCUGUUCGGUUUCACCCUUUUUAUCUACUUCCGUGUACCUGAAACAAAAGGGAAGACUUUUGAGGAGAUAGCAGCUGUUUUCCACCGGAAACAUGGAGGAGCCCCCCCUUCCAAACCUCAAGAGGAGGCUGAGAUGGUGCAGCUCAAGGGCUCCUCAGAGGCCUGAUGAGGACGUCAUUUUAUUGAAAAACAUUGUUACUGCUGUCACAGAGCCCAGGUGUUAUAAUAAAACUGAUCUGCUGUAUAUUUCA